ACAACAACUAAAAGUAGGUAAUAGACUUACUCUUACUCACCCUUUACCUUAACUUCUUUUAUAAAUAUUGUUUUCAAAAACUAGAGUUUUGUUCAUUAUAGUUAAGUAAAAGAACAAGAGAGAAUGAGUACAGCUAGGUUUAUCAAAUGUGUAACUGUUGGAGAUGGUGCUGUCGGAAAGACAUGCAUGCUUAUAUCUUAUACAAGCAAUACUUUUCCCACAGAUUAUGUUCCAACCGUGUUUGACAAUUUCAGUGCUAAUGUAGUUGUGGAUGGUAGUACUGUUAAUCUUGGUCUAUGGGAUACUGCAGGACAAGAAGACUACAAUAGACUAAGGCCUUUGAGUUAUAGAGGAGCUGAUGUGUUUUUGUUGUGUUUUUCUCUCAUCAGUAAAGCAAGUUAUGAGAACAUUUCUAAAAAGUGGAUAUCUGAGCUGAGACAUUAUGCACCAAAUGUGCCUAUUGUGCUGGUAGGAACAAAACUAGAUUUGCGAGAGGACAAGCAGUUUUUUCUUGAUCAUUCUGGAGCCACUCAGAUAACUACUGCUAAGGGUGAAGAGUUAAAGAAAAUGAUUGGAGCAGUUUCUUACAUUGAGUGCAGCUCUAAAACACAGCAGAAUGUGAAGGUAGUGUUUGAUGCUGCAAUUAAGAUUGCAUUGAGGCCACCAAAGCCCAAGAAGAAACCACGCAAGACAAGGACAUGUACUUUCCUCUAGUAUAGGGGAGGUGUGAAAAUAAAAAUCACUAGUCCAUUUUAUAUAUUCAGCUAUGUUUUACCUAGUGGCUCAACAUCGUUUAUAUAACAGAAUUAAAACCAUAUGCUUCAAUGUUUUGUAUGUGAUUCUAAUGAUAAAUAUAGUGGG